AUGUCAACCGACAGAAUCUGUUGCGGUCUCGUGCAUUGCAAGGUUGCGGCUUUGGCCUUCUGGGGCCUCCGCAUGUUCCUGCUCGCCGUGACGGCGUGGAUCUGGUCGUUCGAUGAUCUGGAUGAAACUUACUGGUUUGGUCUGCUGAUAUUCAGCGCGAUCAUCUGCGUCGUAAUGGGUAUCGCCGUGAUUAAGGAUUGUGCCAAGAUGACCAAGGUCACCUACUGGCUUCAGGCACUUUCCAUCACGACCUUCGUGGUGAUGAUCAUCUUCCUGUUCUGGAAGAUGCCUUCGAAGGAGGUGGUGCCCAAUGAAAUGAUCACGAUGCGCCGCCGACAUGAUAUGGAUACCAUGCUCACCCUGGCGGUGCUGAUCAUCGUCGGCAUCUGGGAGCUGAUCAUCACCCGUUCCUUCUACAAUCACCUGAAGCAUCACAAGAAGUCUGCUGACCUCUCGGAGCCCUUCCUCCGCGAGCCCAACUACCAGUCGUACAGCUUCUACAAGAACCACGGUGACGGCAAAUACCACGCCCCGAUGCCCACCAUC